CGGACAGAGCUGACUGCGCAGCUCCUUCUGCUGACAGAGCUCACUAAAGAGCACUCGAGAAGGAGGAGGAGGAGGAGGAGGCUGGUCGCAGACCAAAUAGUCCUUAGGGUCAACAACACACCGACCAUUUCAUUUUGAAUGUCGCCGGCCACGACAGCCUCAAAACGAUGAUGAUGUCGUCGAGUGUCGCGGGUCGGUUACCACGGCGGUGUCCUGCCAUCGACGAAUGUCUUCCUGUCAGAGGGGCAUCAGACAGACCGGUGGUCUGUUCAUCGGGAUAGAUUAUAUCGUAUAUGCUUGUAUUACAGUCUGGCUAGCCUCCAUCUUCGAGUCAAUCUGGCCACGUUAAAAUAUCGAACUAUCUAGUCCUGUCCUGAAAGCUUGGAGUCGGUGAGAUGAGGAGGCGAGUGGUAUAGAGCAGGUAGGAGAAUCACUAAGCAACGUCACCAACAAAGCCAGCGCUAUCUGGAGGGAUCACCAUGGUCUACAAGAUGACCGGGGCAGCGAUAGACCGGGUCAGCCUGCUGUGGCGGAUGAGACGGCGGGCCCGCCGCGGGGCCUUCUGCAUGGGCUUCUUCUGCAUCUCCAUGGCACUGCUCUACGCCCUUUGUGCAGAGAACAGUGUGCCCGUGACCGACGCCAUCUUUGGAGUGCGCGCACGCACCCGGGCCCAGCCACGCACGCACUCUGUCGUCAAGGUCCUGCGAGGAGGGACGAAGCCCCUCUACGCUGAUCCACAGAAGCUCCCAGGCGUCGUCCCCGGCAUCCCGAACCGACCAAUCCCUGUGCUCUCCUCCACCAACCACACCCAGGAAGUGAAGGAGGCCGCCUCGAAGAAGAAAGCCAAAGCGCGGGAGUCCGGCUUUUUUGCGUGGCUGCUGCCGCGCCCCUUCAGGCGAGCGCUGGAGACCCUGUUCGGAGGCCGGCGUCGCGGAGAGAUGAGCGGGACGGUGGGAGACACAGAGUUCUUCAAAGCCCACGGCAGCAUGGGCGAGGUGUGGGACGAGGAGAUGUCCAGCAGCAUGCUUGGCAGCCGGCUGAGGAAGGUGGUCCAGAACUAUCAGGCCAUGAACAAGUACGGAGUGGAGAACACCGGGCCGGGCGGCGUCGCCAGCAGGCCCAAGCUCAGCGGCCCGGAGCUUCUGUGCCAUCUAAAGAGUCAGGUACAGGUCUUGACCUUGACCCCCGACCUCCAGCCCUUCGCCUCACUGAGCUGGGCCUCCCAACUGCCUGACAAAGCGGUGACCUCUGAACUCGGCCCAUACAAGAGCUGCGCUGUUGUGUCGUCGGCUGGCUCACUCCGCAACUCCGGGCUUGGCAAAGAGAUAGACUCUCACGAUGCGGUGCUACGGUUCAACGCCGCGCCAACAUCUGGCUAUGAGAAGGACGUGGGCUCCAAAACUACAAUCCGCCUCAUCAACUCACAAGUGAUGGCGUCUGAUGACCAUCGCUUCCUGUCCAGUUCCCUGUACAGCGAGGGUGCUCUGGUGGGCUGGGAUCCAGCCCCCUUCUCUGCUAACCUCUCCCAGUGGUACAACAGGACCGACUACCCCAUCUUCGCUCAGUACCAGAGGUACCGGAGGCUCCACCCACUCCAGCCCUUCUACAUUCUCCAUCCACGCUUUGAGUGGCAGCUCUGGCAGCAAAUCCAAGACAACAUGGCAGAGCCCAUCCAGAAGAACCCGCCCUCCUCCGGCCUGCUUGGCACGGUGCUCAUGAUGUCCCUGUGCGAGGUGGUGCAUGUGUACGAGUUCCUGCCGUCCCGCCGUAAGACGGAGCUGUGCCACUACUACCAGCGGUUCUACGACGCGGCGUGCACGCUGGGCGCCUACCACCCGCUGCUCUACGAGAAGAACCUGGUGAAGCGCAUCAACCAGGGCACCGACCGGGACAUCUUCACCUACGGGCGGGUCACACUGCCAGGCUUCAGCACCCUGAACUGCACCCUGGCUCCGGGGAAGGCCCCGGGUCCCUGAAGGCUCCUGAAGGCCCCAGGUCCCGGGCUCCUGAAGGCCCCAGGUCCCUGAAGGCUCCUGAAGGCCCCAGGUCCCGGGCUCCUGAAGGCCCCAGGUCCCGGGCUCCUGAAGGCCCCAGGUCCCUGAAGGCUCCUGAAGGCCCCUGAAGGCCCCAGGCCACCUACACACACACACACACACACACACACAAACAUGAGUGCACACAUACACACACAAACAUACGGGCACACAUACACAGAUAAGCGCACACAUACACUUACACAAACACACAUAUUCACACACACAUAUUUGCACACAGACACACACUCCAGGGCUCCAGACUGCGGAGCCCCCCACAGUUCUCCUAGGGAAAAUAAGUUAGUCUGGAGCCCUGCACUCACACACACACACAUAUACACACACAAACACACACAUAAAUGCACACAAACAUACACACACACAGGCAUACACACACACACACACACACACACACACACACACACACACACACACACACACACACACACACACAUAUACGCACACAGACAAACACGCACGACAACAAAACAACAUCCAUACUAAUCACUUCAGAACAUGUAUGCACUUUUUCUGGAAUAACACAUGCUCUCGCAAAUGUACACGUGUGGGUGUGUGCGUGUAUGUGUGUGUGAACCAACUGCAGAAUCAAAUGCAUGAGUAAAAACGUCAUCGUUUUACCGCAAUGGACAAACAAUUUAAACAAAAUGGUUAGGAGCGACGCACCUUCAAGCCUCUGCAACAGCAAAGGGAAAGAUGUACCGUCACUGUUUUAAUGUUCACUGUGUUGUGUGUCGCCACAUUUCCAACAUGGGAAGAGACCCACAUAGCAGACGAUGACAGACACUUUACAAUCACUUUACAAUCUAUUGAUUAAAUGUGCCUGCUCUUUCACAUACAAAAGCUGAGGAAACGAUUCACAUUCACAUUGCAACGUGUAAAUAAACUGUCAUGUGUUAUACGUCCACUAUGGGCGCUGAAGAGCUGCUCGCCGUCGCUACAACCUUGAUUUUCUGAAAUGAAUGUCUGCAUGUCAGCCCGUAGUUACUGAAUUAGGUCAAGAAAUCUACUGAAAUGAACCCUGCAGCCUCAUCCCGAUGUGACUAGUUUUAGAAACGUAACCUACAUAUGUAAUACAAAGAGCGCCGUGAGCAGAAGAAGAGCCCUGACCUGCUCCUCAGAACUGCUUGGGAUCUGAAAGGGAUCUGAAAGCACAAGAACAACGGGAGGAUAAAAAAAGGGUUUCCUACUAUCAGAAAAUUUCCAUUUUCUUAAAUCAUUUUUAGUACAAUGUGAUUAUUAUGCUGCAUGGUAUUUAUCCCAACGUAUUGCACUGGUGGAGACGAGGAGAGUGAGGUAGUGAUAUGUUGGACUGGAGAGGGCCUUAUUGUAUUAUACUAUAUAUAUUAGGCUCUUUUAUGUCUCCAUGUGCAUUCCUCGUGUUGGGUGACCUCAAUUGCAAGAUCUUAAUGUACAUAUAAAAAAAGCACUGUUCACUGCCAAUUGGCUAACAAAAGAAAAUAUAUUUUAGGCUGUAGGCCUAAUAACCCUUUAGUUUGUUCAUCACUGCUUUUUGUUGCACUUUUCUUUGAACAUUCCCCUUCAUUUAGUAUGCAGGUUAUUUUGAAUUAAUAUUCAUGAAGGAACGUUACAAUUCUUAGGUUUAGUGAUUCCUAUAACAAUAUCUGCUUUUUAUGUUGAUACCUGAAUUGCUUCAUUUAAUGACAUGAAAAGGCGAAACAUGUUGAUCUUGAAAAGUCUACAUUUAAAAGAAAAAUGUAACCUGUGAA